AUGGGCUCUCUCGAACAACCAAAGCGCAACUUUGCUUAUAGCAUCUACGUAUAUAAGAAAGCAGGCCAAGAUGAGCAGAGCCAUCACAACCAUAUUGAGAGCGUAAAUACUCCGAUCAUCAAACCACUUCUUGAGAAAUAUGGAGCUGUAUCCUAUACUACCCACAACGAUGCUUCCGCCAAAGCAGACUUCAAGAAGCUGUUCCCUGACGCGCCUAGUGCCAUGUUACUGGAUUACGAUUCGGUCAUCUCAAUAAUCGUACCCAAUAUUGGGUGCAUAGAGAAAAUGCGUGACGAUCCUGACUUUUUGGGCAAGUUCAUCCCUGACCAUUUUAAUUUCGCUGAUAUGAGCCGGAGUCGCUGUGUUGUGGGAUGGGCAGAGCACUAUACGUUCUAG